UCGGAUUUUCCAAUCCCACUUUUGGUUUUUCGAGCUUGUCGUCCGAAACAUGAGAAAGUUUGUAUUUCAAGACAAUCGGUCGAAACGGAAAGGCCCUGCGCUGUGAGGAUUAGCUGACAGGAAGCGGGGUGCGCGGCUUCGAGUUUGACAACCUGGAGUCCCCCCAACCCGGGUGGGCCCUAGCACCGUGCGCGCCGCGACUCUCCCACGGCCGGACCAUGGGAACCCAAAAGCCGCGGAUUUUGCCCUGGCUGAUAUCGCAGCUGGACCAGGGGCGGUUUGAAGGCGUGGCCUGGCUGGACGCGAACCACCGGCGCUUCCGCAUCCCCUGGAAGCACGGCCUGCGGCAGGACGCACAGCUGGUCGACUUCGGGAUCUUCCAGGCCUGGGCGGAGGCCAGUGGUGCCUACACUCCUGGAAAGGAUAAGCCAGACCUGCCCACCUGGAAGAGGAAUUUCCGAUCUGCUCUGAAUCGGAAGGAAGGGUUAAGGCUAGCGGAUGACCGGAGCAAAGACCCUCAUGACCCUCAUAAGGUCUAUGAGUUUGUGGACUCAUCAGAGACUGGAGACUCUCCUCAGCUUGACACCUCUCCAGACACUGAUGGCGGAGGCAUUACUCCAGACAUCCAGGAGGACCUCCUGGAGAUGCUGGGUGACAUGGCCUUGGCUCCACUCCCACAAGAAGGGGCCUCAGGCCUGGCUGUGGCCUCUGAGCACUACCCUCUGGUCUUGUUGAACUCCAGCUUGAAUAACUGUAUGCCAUCCCAAAACCCAGCCCCCCGUGGUAACCCACUGAGGCAGCUGUUGGCAUCUGAGGAACAGUGGGAGUUCGAGGUGACCGCCUUCUACCGAGGCCGCCAAGUCUUCCAGCAGACCGUCUUCUGCCCCCAGGGCUUGCGGCUGGUGGGCUUAGAAGAUGUGAACCAGAUGCUGCCUUGGCAGCCAAUAGCACUGCCAGACCCAGAGGUAUCACUGACAGACAGGAGAGCGAAGAACUUCGUGAGGCAUGUGCUCAGUGGCCUGAAGGGUGGUGUGGCUCUGUGGCGGGCUGGGCAGCAGCUGUGGACCCAGCGCCUGGGACACUCCCAUGCCUACUGGGCGCUGGGGGAAGAGCUGCUCCCCGACAGUGGCCACGGGCCUGACGGUGAGGUCCCCAAGGACAAGGAUGCAUGCGUGUUCAACCUAACACCCUUUGUGACCGAUCUCAUUUCCUUCAUGGAAGGAAGUAGACGCUCACCGCGCUACACUCUCUGGUUCUGUGUGGGAGAGGCAUGGCCCCAGGACCAGCCAUGGGUCAAGAGGCUCGUGAUGGUCAAGGUUGUUCCCACAUGCCUCAGGGCCCUGGUGGACUUGGCCCGGUUGGGGGGAGCAUCCUCCUUGGAGAACACUGUGGACCUGCACAUUUCCAACAGCCAACCCUUCUCGCUCUCGUCGGAACAGUGCAAGGCCUACCUGCAGGACCUGGUGGAGGACAUGGAGGUCUAGGCCCCUGGAAGCCCCUGGCCUGAGCCGGCUUGGACUAAUAAAGCAGUUCCUGCUAUAGCCAGUGGGUGUGUCACAUUGGGGGGGUCCCCGGGCCAUCUGUCCGUUUACCUGUGCAGCAGUGCUUGGCAACCAGGCACGGUGCAGGUGACAGCUGACUUCACCCCCUUUACCUUGCCCCAGAGACCUGGUGGAAAGUGAGGUCACCCAGGACUCCAGGGUUGCACUAGGGUGGGAGCCCUGCCUUGCCUAGGAAGAGUUUGCUUGGAUCCAGUUCCACUGGGCCC